AUGGAUAGCUCCCAAAGUGAUGAUGACGCUACUCAGAUUAUGCGACCUCGACGUGCUACCCAUCGGCCAUUAUACCUCGAUGAUUAUGAGGUUGGAAAUUGCCUACCGCAUAGAUCCUCCCUACCUCUAGAAGUUUCCCAUUGCAAGGAUGGCGAAGCCGAGGGGCUCAGAGUAGGCAUGGAGAGUGGAAGGCAGAAUAGAGCAGCUCAAUCCUACUCACCAGCAUGUGAUGCAAUGAGUAAUGUUAGUGGAGAUACACCCAUAGAAGAUUGGAGCAGAUACUAUGGAGGAGCCAAGGAGACACACGCCCGUGAUGGUGCAUACCUAGAGACCCUUCAGAGCCUCCAGGAUGAGAUACGGCAGUUGAGAGCUGAACUGAGACAGAGGUCCAGGGACGAACCCUCAGCUACACUCUGUCACUCAUCAGUCCGCCAGCGUGCAGAGCCACUAUUACUAAAUAUGGCGACACCUGCGGAGCAUCCUCACUCUGUGCCACCAGUACCUUUACCACGCACCAUCUUCCGACGGAGAAUUACCCUGACACCUUCUUCAGAAUCGUCUACUCCAGCUCCACGUUCACCAUGUCAGCCACCUACUCCUCACCCUUUACCUUAUCCACCCCAGUCCAUUCCACAUAUCUUCCACAGCCCAACAGAUCCAAACUGGGAGCAUGAUCCGUAUAUUGGAGCAGACAUGGAAGAAGUCACUACAGAGGUGAGGCAGAGAGUCCUUCCUGAUCAACGGAGCACCUCCAUCAAGCAGCACCAGUGGGUACAAACCAAACCCACCAACCGAAGUCCCUACAGUGCCCUCCUAGAGUGCAAUGACCCCACUAGAUACAGUCACCUGGGGCCACAUCACAUUCCUGUAAGAGGUACAGUAGACCAACGACAUGGCAGGUCUGUCCCUCAUUAUGCAGCAGAGCAGUACCCACCGGAAGGCACCACCUAUUACUAUCAACAGCAUGAGCCUUUGUCCGUGCCCCCACGCAAGCGUUCACAACCAAUCUUUGAAGGAUUGAUGCCCCCUGCUGCCAACACCAGAUGUUACGUGCCUGCUCGACCAGCAAUGGUGAAGGAAAGGACCUACCGAGGCCCUAUACCAACUAUUCCUGAUUUCACUAACAAUGACCCAAGUGAAUUCGCACGACUGAAGAUAGCUUUAGAGAACCUCCUGCCUGCUGAUAGCACUGAGCUGUUCAACUAUCAGAUUUUAGUGGAUCACCUAAAGUUAGAGGAAGCCCGCCUAGUGGCCGAUUCAUUCAUUAACUCCCCUACCCCUUUUUCAGACACUAUGGCAGCCUUAGAUGAGCGCUUCGGCAAGCCACACCAAUUAGCGCUGAAGAAGAUAGCGACAGUGAUGGACCUACCAGACGUACGCCGUGGUGACACAAGUACAUUUGAGAGGUUUGCCCUCCAGAUCAAUGCUCUUGUGAGUAUGCUCAAAACCCUUGGUCCAGAAGGUGAAGCUGAGCUGAGGUGUGGGUCAAAUGUAGCUCGCCUGCUGACUAAGUUACCCCCAGACAUGCGAGCUAAUUUUCGCCGGCAUGCGUACAAGCCACUAGGAGCUGUACACACUUUAGGCGACCUUGCAGAGUGGCUGCAAUAUGAGUGUCACUGUCAGGGUUAUGACGGGCUGACUAAAGGGACGGUGGUCGAAUCAUCUCGGGACAGGAGAGAUCGACGCAGAGAAGAUAAACCGCCGAGAAGAACAGCCACCAUUUUACAUGGAACUGAAGAGGUCAUGGAUAAAGCCGCAGAGCUGGUGCACACUCGGCCACCCAAACCAAAGAAACCUAGCUCAAGGUCCUACUGCCCAUACUGUGACAGUCCCGAGCAUUUCCUCAGCCAGUGUUCCACAUUCAUGACGUUCACUAAAGAGCAGAAAUUUAACUGGCUGCAGAGCAAUAAACGCUGUUGGCGGUGUGGCAGAACUCACCAGGCAGCUCAGUGUACCCUCAAGAAGCCCUGCAGCAUCUGUCAGAGGACACAUCUACAGAUCCUUCACGAUGUGAACGACAGAACCGCUAGGGAGGGAUCCUGCCUUGUAAGCUCUGCCGGAGACACUCUUUACCUGAAUCGACCUCCAGAAGGGAGUAAAGUCCUACUAAAGGUUAUCAGAGUUAUUCUGAGUAACGGGAACAAGAAACUGGAUACCUUCGCUGUGCUGGAUGAUGGAUCAGAACGCACGAUGUUGCUUCCAGCAGCCGCCCACCAGUUAGGGUUGAAGGGUCAUCCAGAGGACUUAAGCCUACGUACCAUCCGCCAAGACAUCCAAGUCCUGCAUGGGGCAGCAGUUUCAUUCCAGGUUGCUUCCGCUGUGCUACCCCAGAAACGCUUCCAAAUUCAUAACGCCUUUACUGCAGCACAACUUGGCCUAGCUCAACAUUCCUACCCCAUCACCACUCUUCAGGAAAGGUACAGGUACCUGAAAGGUUUGCCACUGCAACCCUUCCACAAGGCAAAUCCACUUUUGCUUAUUGGAGCUGACCAUCCCCAUUUAGUCACUCCUAUAGAGCCAGUGCGUCUUGGGCCAAGAGGAGGGCCAGCAGCAGUCAAGACGAGGCUAGGAUGGACACUGCAAGGCCCAGCUAAAGCCUUAGAUUUGGAGUCCCAUUCGCAAGAAUGUCUCUUCACCAGCUUGAGUUCAGACACAGCUGAGCUGCUUCGUAAUGUGGAGAAGUUAUGGGAAAUGGAUACAUUACCUUAUCGGAAUGAAAAGCUGUUAACCCGUUCUAAGGAAGACCAGGAAGCAGUUUAUCUCCUGGAAUCUAGGACCACCCGUGUUGAGGUUGAUGGCACAUACAGAUAUGCUACCCCACUCUUACGCCGCAAGGGUAUGCCCUUAUUCCAAGCUCCUGCAGAAGCCGUUCUACCACUCCUGAGAACUACAGAAAGGCGUCUUGCUAAGAAUCCUAACCAAGCAGCAGUCUAUCGUGCUGAAAUAACCAAGCUAGUGGAAGCAGGCUACAUAGCAAAGUUACCACCUGAGGCAGUGAGAAGCAAGGAAGAGAGCUGGUACUUACCGCACCACAUGGUACAACACAAUGGAAAGUACAGGGUAGUUUUUAACUGCUCAUUCCUGUACAAGGGCCUGAAUUUAAACAAAGCUCUGUUACCUGGUCCUCAGUUGAGUUCGUCAUUGCUUGGAGUGCUGCUCCGGUUUAGAGAGCAUGCUGUCGCAGUCAGUGGUGACAUCCGCAGCAUGUUUCACCAGAUCCGACUUCUACCAGAAGAUAAGCCAAUCCUUCGUUUCGCAUGGCGAGAUCUAAAAAGCGAGCGAGCUCCUGACAUCUAUGAAUGGCAAGUGCUUCCAUUUGGAACCACAUGCAGUCCAUGCUGUGCUAGUUAUGCGCUGCAAAAGCAUGUUCUGGACCAUAGUGAGCCUGGUGACAGUGUCCGUGUAGCAGUGAUGAAGAGUUUCUACGUAGAUAACUGCAUACAGAGUGUAUCCUCACCAGAAGAAGCCAAGGACCUGGUCGAGCAGCUACGCAUACUCCUCUCAACAGGAGGAUUUGACAUCCGUCAAUGGGCAAGCAAUGUGGCUGCAGCGGUGAGUCAUCUCCCGAAGGAGGCACGCGCAGAAAGCACAGAGCUUUGGUUGUCAUACGAUAAAGUUGACACCCCUGAACCAGCAUUAGGCCUUCAUUGGCACUGCUCUUCAGACACCUUAAGGUAUAAGCAUCGCUUAGUGAAGUACACAGAGCCCACUAUGAGGAAUAUCUACCGGAUAUUAGCUAGUCAGUAUGACCCUCUGGGCUUCCUGAUUCCGUUUACCACUAGGGCUAAGGUGCUAGUACAGCAACUGUGGGCUAAACCCAGACAAUGGGAUGACCCACUCCUCCCAGAAGAUCUCCUGUGUGCAUGGCGGAAAUGGGAGGAAGAACUUAAGCAGAUACCUGAGGUCUCUAUCCCAAGAUGUUACACAUCCCAGAGCCUGAAUCAUCCUGAAGUGAAGAGAAGUCUUCAUAUCUUUUGUGAUGCAUCAGAGCGUGCAUAUGGAUCAGUGGCAUACCUGAGAUCAGAGGAUAACUGUGGCCAUGUAGAAGUAGCUUUCCUUAUGGCCAGAUCCCGGGUUGCACCAAAGAAACAGCAGUCCAUGCCGAGGCUGGAGCUAUGUGCUGCACUCACGGGAGCACAGCUCCUCAGAGUACUGGAGAAUGAGCUCACUCUGCACAUCCAGGAUAAAACCCUGUGGACAGACUCAACAACAGUGCUGAGUUGGUUGCAAUCAGAGUCUUGUCGGUUUAAAGUCUUUGUAGGGACUAGAAUCUCUGAGAUCCUGGAGAUAACAGAUGAUAAGUCCUGGCGGUACGUUGACACAGCUUCGAACCCUGCAGAUGACAUCACGAGGGGUAAGCGACUCUCUGAAUUGACUACAUCCACUAGAUGGAGCAACGGACCACCCUUCCUACUCCAGCAUCCAGAUAAGUGGCCAGUAGCGCCUAUCACAAACCCACCUGAGGUCACUGAAGAGCUGCGGCGGGUCGUCUUCUGUGGAAUUACUGGUGCCACGUCUAAUCCACCUGUAAUUAACCCGGAGCAGUUUGAUUCAUGGCAAGGCCUGGUGGAGGCUACAGCCCAGCAUUUAAUUAAGACAGCCUCCCCUGAGCGCUCCCUUACAGCAGAGACUUACAUAGAGGCGGAGCACCUCUUAUACAGUAGAGCUCAACAGGACAGUUUCCCGGAAGAAUUCCAAUUCUUAAAGGCCGGCAAGCCAGUACCCCCUAGCAGUCGUCUGCUCACCCUUUCUCCAGAGUUUGAUGAGAACCACACAAUCAUCAGAGUAGGUGGUCGAUUACGGAAAGCGCAAGAAUUAGAAGAUACUAUUGUACACCCUGUAGUGAUGGAUCCUAGCACCCAGUGACUCGUCUUCUAAUUAAGGACUACGAUCACCGAUUGUGCCACCCUGGUCCAGGACGUGUGUUUGCUGAGAUGCGACGUUCUCUUUGGAUUCUGAGAGGACGUGAAGCAAUUAAACGACACCAACGCACCUGCAUUGGUUGCCAAAGAUGGCGUGCCAAGGCAGCACCCCCAAGAAUGGCCGACUUACCCCCUGCACGCCUACGACUGUUCAAGCCAGCUUUCCACUCGACAGGAGUAGACUGUUUUGGGCCGCUUACCGUGAAGCUCGGACGUCGUCAAGAGAAAAGGUGGGGAAUCAUCUACAAGUGCCUCACAACAAGAUCAGUUCACUUAGAUCUCCUACCAAGUAUAGACACAGAUGCCUUCCUCAUGAGUUUGAGGAGGUUUGUGGCUAGAAGGGGUACACCCGCUGAACUGUAUUCAGAUCAGGGGACGAAUUUCCGUGGUGGGGAAAGGGAACUCAAAGAAGCCUUUCAGCUUAUGGGUCCUGAGCUGCGCCACCAAUUAGCUAAGCAGAAGAUCUCAUUUCAUUUCAAUCCCCCGGCCUCUCCUCACUUCGGAGGUGCAUGGGAGAGGGAAGUUCGAUCUGUGAAAGUAGCACUCCGUUCCGCUCUGGGCAGCCAAACUGUUACAGAGGAGGUUCUAGCCACUGUCUUGAUAGAAGUGGAGGCCAUUCUGAACGCUAAGCCUUUAGGAUACACCUCCUCCAGUAUUUUAGAUCCUGAUCCAAUCACCCCAAAUCACCUCCUCAUGGGGCGGCCAGAUGGUUCCUUACCACAAGUUGUCUACCCAGCAACUGAGCUACUGAGUUGGAGGCGGUGGCGCCACAGUCAGGUCCUUGCCGAUCGUUUCUGGACUGCCUUUAUUAAGGAUUACCUACCUACAUUGCAGUACCGGCAGAAGUGGCAUAGCUUGGUACCGACUCUUGCAGUUGGAUCAGUAGUCAUGGUAGUAGAUCACCAACUUCCCAGGGGCGACUGGCCGAUUGGUCAAGUCACUAAGGUAUUCCCGGGCAGCGACGGCCAAGUACGGACUGUAGAGGUGAAGAUCAAGGACAGAGUAUACACGAGACCUGUGGUGAAGUUGAUCGUCCUCCCUGAGCUUCCAUCUGAUGAAGAAUCCCGACCGAGUACCAUCUAGAGCCUUAGUUGUUCUAUUUAUGCAAAUAUGCCUUGCAUAUUUGGGGGCGGCAAUGUUAGAAAGGCUCUUGUGUCUUUAAGAAACGGCGGUGCGUGCAAAGGACUAUGGGUGCACGCAGGACUAGAGCGCGGGAGAGCCGGAGAGAUAGGUAGCAAGUCAGCGAGCGGUAACUUAUAAUUAGUUAACUUAGUUGUUCCUGAAAGUAAUAAACUCCGUGGGUUAUGUAUGCGUCACUGAUGAACAACCAUACAUACAUCCAUUAAUACGUACAGGAAAUAAAACUCAUAACAACCUCCCUC